AUGACGCAAACCAUGGACUCGGGCUCUUCUGUGGCGCCAUCGGGCACCAUGGGCUACGAGCUCCCCUGGGUUGAAAAGUACCGACCCUUGAACCUCGACGACGUAGUUGGCAACAAGGACACCAUCGAUCGGCUCAAAGUCAUCCAGAACGACGGCAACUGUCCGCACCUUCUCAUCUCGGGUCUUCCGGGUAUUGGCAAGACCACCUCGGUGCUUUGUCUGGCACGGGCGCUGCUGGGGGAUGCAUACAAGGAAGGGGUGCUCGAACUCAACGCUUCGGACGAACGUGGUGUGGAUGUGGUUCGUAACAAGAUCAAGACGUUUGCGCAAAAGAAGGUGUCACUCCCUGCAGGUAGGCAUAAGAUCGUCAUUCUCGAUGAAGCCGACAGUAUGACACCUGCCGCUCAACAAGCACUUCGAAGAACCAUGGAGAUCUACUCCAACACUACGCGGUUUUGCUUUGCCUGCAACCAGAGCAAUAAGAUCAUCGAACCCAUCCAAUCCCGAUGCGCCAUUCUCAGGUAUGGCAAGGUCAAGGACGAACAGAUCCUCAAGAGGUUGCUCGAGAUCUGCGAGAUGGAAAAGGUCGAGUAUACAGACGAAGGGUUGGCAGCUAUCAUCUUUACUACCGAGGGCGAUAUGCGUCAAGCCAUCAACAACCUUCAAUCCACUUGGACGGGGUUGGGAUUCGUCAAUCCCGAAAACGUAUUCAAGGUCUGCGAUCAACCGCAUCCCUUCCUCAUCCGUGCAUUGCUCACUGCGUGUCAGGAGGGUGACGUCGAUUUGGCAAUGGACAAACUCGACGAGAUUUGGGCAAAGGGCUAUGCGGCUGUUGAUAUCGUCACCACCCUCUUCCGCGUGGUAAAGACCAUGGACCGCAUCCCAGAAGCUACCAAACUCGAAUUCAUCAAAGAAAUUGGAUGGACUCACAUGAAGAUCCUCGAAGGCGUAGCUACCGUGGUCCAGCUCGGCGGCCUCAUCGCCAGGCUAUGCAAACUCAGCAUCGAUCCAAAGCAAUUCCAGGUCUGA